AGUUUAGUGGGCUACAAUUUAGUCCAGUUGGGUAAUCUGAGAAAGAUAUGCACUCUUCCCUUUUACUUCCCAGUCGUUGGUGAUAGAGCCAGAAUUAAAGAUAGAUGUAACAGUACCUGAAGGCAGCACAGAUCCACCCGAUGGUGCUGUGAUAUUGAGAGGUCAUACAUUUUCACAAAAUCAGAGAAAGCAAAACAGAUACAGCAAGGAUGUCUGGAGAGCUUUCCCUCAACAUUGACAUCAAGGAGCCAAGAUGGGAUCAAGGCACGUUUAUGGGGCGUGCCCAACACUUCUUCAUGGUCACAGAUCCCAGGACCGUCCUGCUGUCCUCUGAAGCUCUGGAUGAGGCCCGAGUUACCGUGGAGAACUACAGAGCCGGGAUUGUGAAGCCAGGCCUCACGGAGGAUGAGCUUUGGAAAGCCAAGUACGUCUACGACUCCGCCUUCCACCCCGACACAGGAGAGAAGAUGUUUGUGAUUGGCCGGAUGUCUGCUCAGGUGCCGAUGAACAUGACCAUCACCGGCUGCAUGCUCACCUUCUACAGGACUACGCCAGCUGUGGUGUUCUGGCAGUGGGUCAACCAGUCGUUCAACGCUGUCGUCAACUACACCAACCGCAGCGGAGAUGCCCCCAUGACCGUGAAUCAGCUUGGUGCAGCCUACAUCAGUGCCACUACUGGAGCUGUAGUCACAGCCCUGGGACUCAAGUCUCUUGCUUCGCGUCUCCCUCCAAUCGCCAGCCGGUUCGUGCCAUUUGCUGCCGUCGCUGCAGCUAACUGUAUCAACAUUCCCUUCAUGAGACAGAGGGAGCUGAAGUUCGGGAUCCCUGUGACAGAUGAGAAUGGAAACAGGCUAGGAGAAUCUCCCAGCGCUGCCAAGCAGGCCAUCGCACAGGUGGUGGUGUCAAGGAUCGGCAUGGCGGUACCAGCGAUGGCCAUCCCCCCUGUUAUAAUGAAUGCUCUGGAGAAAAGAGCUUUCAUGAAGCGGUUCCCACUUCUCAACGCUCCAGUGCAAGUGGGGCUUGUCGGCCUUUGUCUGGUGUUUGCCACUCCUUUAUGCUGCGCCCUCUUCCCACAGAAAAGCUCUAUGAGCGUGAGCGGGCUGGAGGCAGAUCUGCAGGAGAGAAUACGACAGACCAGCCCAGAGACCACCAGGGUCUACUUCAACAAGGGCCUGUAGGACCAGCAAACACAUCUCCACGCACACACACGAGAAGAACAGACACUCACAUACAUACAUAUAUAUACACACACGUCUGUUGUCUUGUGGGAGAGCAUUGCAAAAAUUAUUUAUGCAAAGUUUUUUGCUGAUACAUGUACGGCUGCAUUUGUUUUUUUGAAUUUGACCGCUCCAGAGCUGCUCCGAUUUUAACAGUGGAGGGUGUUGAUUGUCUGACAAUUUGAGGAAGAGGAUUUACGGCUGAGAAAAAAAAACACUUUGAGAAGGAAACACAGCGACACAGCUCUCACUGUACACAUAUAGCACUCCUUAAACAACACAACUGACUCCGUUUAUGUUUAUGUUGUUUUUUUUUUUUUUAUUGUAUCGUGAUGUGUUUUCUGUCUUCCUUUGGUCAAACUGCCUUCAGGAUGGCAGUCAAUAAUGUUACUGAUUAGUGUUUCCCUUACCCUUUAUUUCAUGAUGCAUUCAGGUUCAUGCAAGUUUUAAGUCCUCUGAUGACUCAUUUGUAACUCCAGUUUAAGUGAAGGCUUGUGCUUGAGUGUAAGUCGUGUUAUUGUUUCUAAAUCUACCAUGUUUUGCCUUCAGUCCUUCCUCACUUAGCGUUUUUGUCUAUUCAUUAUUUCUUAUUUUGUAUGGAAUAUUUUAAGCUGUUACACUAACUGUAGUUCGUUAAGUCUGAUUAAUUACCGUCUGUAAUUCCAGCUUGUAGUUCUACUGGAAAAACCUGCAGAUUAUCUCUUAAGUAGUCCAUCCCUGAUGAAUAACUUCCUCUUGUGUUGUACUUCAUGUUAACCAUUGCAGCUUCUAACUCUCAUCAUCUCUCCUUUAAGUGUACUUAUGCCCCUUAGUAUUUAAAGACCGAGUAAUGAGGUGCUAGGUACAGAAAUUAUGCAGCAAUGACUCUGCAAAAGCUCAUCAAGCAUAGCCAUAUAGUUCAUAUAGUACACCAGUGAACACUAAUAGUGUGAUUUUUAUAAAAUGCAUAUGUACUGUCAUGCCGUGGAAGUGGCAGCCUGUCUGUCAAGGCCUUUCAUCACUUGAGAUCACUUUAUAAACUGGUCAAGUCGCUGUCUUUAGUGGCAUAUUAAUGGAACUCUUUCAUUGUUGUAGGUGGUAGUGCUUGUUUGAUGGUUGUGGGAGAAUAUACUUAUAUGUGUCUAGAUGUUGUUGCUAAAAGACGGGCUGUGAUUGGAUUAAGGAUACCCUCACUUUGGCAAAUACAGUGAUGUGCAGAAGGCAGAGAACAGUGUGUUGCUGUCGUGACAUUGAACUUGAACUGAUGGAUUGCAUGAGCAGGUCAAAGCUCCUGUGGGUAGUUUUUAGCUGGUUAUGAUGAAGACUGAAAUAAUUACUGAUGCCUCUUCAUGACCUUAAAAGGCAAAAGAGACGAUCUGCAUAAGUAUUUCCUAGUACUUAUUUUGAAUGCCGGAAACCACUGCCACAGGGUAGGUGUCAAACUGACAGACCAGCUGCAAGAAAAAACGCUUCAACAGUUUCAUCCGCAGCGUCUUGAUGAGUGAUACAUUUGACUGAAAUCUGAGAGUUUUUGCAUCAAUUAAAAAUGUACAAUUAGAGGCACCGCUUUGUCCACAGAGGUUGCCAAAAUCAACACACCAGCAGAUCCUCACAGGAGCUUUAAAUACAUGAAAACGGAUUAAAGUUCUUUAAAGUUGGAGAUACAGGGUUUUUGAGUAAAACAGCCAGCUAGCCUUCUGCCAUAAAUCUGUUUGCACUGUAGCCGCUGAUUUCACAUCGUACCAAAUGAAAGUAGCAAAUGUUGCGCAGCAUAGUCAUGGUUCUAGAUGCUUGAUUGUGAGUCUGGGCAGAGAGUUGCUGUGUUUGUGUCAUUGCUUCUUUGCAGUGGACAGUUUGAGUUUUCGCUACUCUCAUCAAACUGGAUCACGUUGCUAACCUGGCUCAAAGCACUGACUGACUGUCCACGUGUUGAUGGUGUAUGUGAGGAAAUAUCAGCUGAUUUCAUGCUACUGUCUUCUGUCAGGGUUGUGUAAGAAUAAGUAUAUUUUCAUGGAUAUAUUUAGAAAUAUAUAAGAUAUAUGUAAAAUAUUUGGAGCACAUAUGCAUGAGACAUUUUAAAGAUUUAACUUCAGGGUGUUUUUCUGCUAAUUAAUCCACCAGACGGCACCUCGUAUGCAGCAGAAAGAAAUGUUCAAAGGAGUGAGAAGACCACUCUCAGAUUAGAGGAGUGUUUUCUCUGCUCAGACACAGCGUCACAGAUUACAAAGUAUGAUUCAGUGUUUGUGUAAAGUGAAGUGUGUGUUGGUGAAAAAAUAAAAACAAUAGCAAGAUUGUAAAAUAAAUCUCCUUGAAUCACCUAUAGUCAUUUCAACCAUCCUCUUAAAGUUUACUGAAGGAGCGUGUUAAGGGACUGUAGCAACUGCACAUCUAUUUUUAUGAAUCAAUGUCUGCACAGAUAGAAAUGUACAAUGAUUGUGUUUAUAUGCAACCCUAGAAAUGAAAGGUUUGAUUCCAAAGUGCUCUCCAGAUCCUCCCUGACAAAUGUAAUAACAAUCACUAGGUCUCUAUCAUGAAGGCGUGUCAUGAUGUGACCUCUUUAGAGAACAGGGGGACUCUUAUUUUGAAAUGAUGGAUGUCUAUUUUGGAAUGAAGCUCUUCAUUAAGCUACUAAACCCUUCAUUCAUAUUUUCAUAUCAACAUCUAACCGCCUGAGCAACAGUCAAACUUCUCAGUCUCCUUUCCCCCCAUGUGUCUGUGCUUAUUGUGCUCACUGUGUUGUGUUGGGGAUGAUUUCCUGCUGAUGCUGAAACUGCACUAUUUAACCCUUGCUGUGCUGCUGUAGGACUUAGAUUUGUGUUGCUUUUUAAAGGGAGCUUUUAAAAUGUAUAUUGAAGAUUGUAUUUGUUGUGCUGGAUAAUGUUGAAUGACUCAUAAUCUUGUUAUUGCUGAUAUGUUAUUCAUUCUUUGUCUGGAGGCUUUCUUUGCUCACACGUUGUUUCCUUCUGCGUUUUUCUGCUUUUGGGACUGUAACGCAAAAGUGUCAAGAACAAAACUGGAGGGUUUUAGUCUACAUGUAUGUCAGCGUGUGACUGUACUCUACCAUCGUAACACGUCACACCCAUAGAUCUAGCCAAAGAAGAGACGGGUAAGAUUUGUAGAGGACCGAGGAGAGGAAGUGUCUAGCUUUUUGUUUCAGCUUUAUCAUACGGACCUUUUGACAGACUUUUUUCAUGCAAACAUAUAAAUCUAUAUUUUUUUCACUGAAGUGGUCCUUGGCCUUUGCAAUUUCAACAGCACACCAAAUGUUUUACAAACAUCACAUUACAGGUCAUAUUGCUAUUGUUUAUGUAAUGGAGUAUGAAGUCUCAAAACAAACUUGACAUCGCAGUGAUUUGGGCACAAGUUGAAACAGGCGAGUUCCUAACUUUUGUUGUAUGCGUUACAAAGAAAGGUAUAAUCUUUACGUACUGAAGGCACAAAUGUUGAGACAAUCUCUGUUUGUGUUAGACUCCAUGAAUGUGUUGGUGAUUUCACCUUUACACAAACUGCAAACAUUCAGUCAGUAUUGGUGCACAGUGUGUCCUCCCUUCAUUUUGUAUUGUGUUGAAAUAUAUUUCCUUGGUGUGAAAUGUAUUUUACUCAGAGCAAUAGAAUAAAAUAUGUAACAGUAAUGUCAAAA